CCCGCCGUAUAAAGAUACCUUUCAGUCUCGCGCCUCUUCCUCUACCCUUCCCCUCGCUCUCGGCGGUGUUUCGAAUUUCAAAAUGUCGAUAUUUGCUGAGGCGAGGAGCGACACCUGCUAAGAGAUUGAUACAAAGCGCGUAUUUUUUUGAUCUGCGAGGCUCGAAAAAUUCUUCUCUUUUGCUUUCAGGGAAGAAUCGAAUUGAAUUGAAAAUGGCGGCAUACAGAGCCGACGAUGAUUAUGACUAUCUGUUCAAGGUUGUUUUGAUCGGCGAUUCAGGUGUAGGGAAAUCCAAUCUUCUAUCCAGAUUCACCAGGAAUGAGUUCAGCCUUGAAUCUAAAUCUACUAUUGGUGUUGAAUUCGCUACAAGGAGCAUUCACGUUGAUGAUAAGGUCAUCAAAGCGCAGAUUUGGGAUACGGCCGGCCAAGAAAGGUGGGUGAUGGAUUAUCUUGGUGGUGGACGUCAUGCAUGUAGGAUGCUUUGGCUUGACAGAUCUAUAUGGUACGUCAGAUACCGUGCAAUCACGAGUGCGUACUAUCGAGGAGCUGUUGGUGCCCUUCUAGUCUAUGAUGUUACUCGUCAUGUUACUUUUGAGAAUGUGGAGAGAUGGUUGAAAGAGCUUAGGGACCACACUGAUUCAAACAUUGUGAUUAUGCUUGUGGGGAACAAGGCUGACCUGCGCCACCUGCGGGCUGUUUCUACUGAGGAUGCAAAGUCCUUUGCUGAAAGAGAAAACAAUUUCUUCAUGGAGACAUCUGCUCUGGAAUCUAUGAAUGUGGAAAAUGCCUUCACAGAAGUGCUCACUCAGAUCUAUCGUGUUGUCAGCAGGAAGGCUCUUGAUAUUGGGGAUGAUCCUGCAGCCUUGCCCAAGGGACAGACCAUCAAUGUUGGCACCAAGGAUGAUGUGUCAGCUGUGAAGAAAGUUGGAUGCUGCUCUGCUUAACCGAACGAAGGAAUGGGGAUAGAGAUCUAAUUGUUAAAGAUAUAUCCCACUUAUCGGCUUCGGAACUCUUCGUUCUAUGGUGGUGUGUGUGGUUCCCGUCAGUAUUUAGUUGAGAUUUUGGGUGUUGACAACAGCGAAUGCUCCCAUAGACUUUUACUGUUAUAUGUCAUCAAAGCAUUGAUGGUUAAACUUGUCUAGGGCUAGCCAGAAUAUGUUUAGGGAUCUAUAGAAAGUGAGAUUUGGGUAAUUCUCUUUUGAUCCAAGGCAGACACUUGGCAAUCUGCGUGAAGUCUCCUUAAUUUUAUCUUUCUCUGGGGUUGAUGUUAUGCUUUGACUUUUUUUUUUUAAUUACCAUAGGGUUCUGUUAUAUUUGUUUACUUUUGGACUACAAAUGUAUUCAGAUUAUCCAAGUCAUGUAUCUGAUUAAAUGAUUUAGUUUUUUUACAAUGGAAAAAAAUUGAAGACUAGGUCCUGUAAUUGAAAGCUUAUUUUCUAAGCAUAUAUCAUAUUUGAUGGAGGAAAAA